AUGGGUAAAUCUAAUACCAAAAGCGGCAGCGGCGGCGGCGACAAGAAAGGCAAAGGCAAGGAGAAGGCAAAGCCCGAAAGCACCAACAGUGCCGCUGGCAAGGGCAAGGCAACGAAGUCCGUAUCCAGAGUGAAUUCCCGGCACAUUCUUUGCGAGAAAUUCUCCAAAAAAGAAGAGGCACUAGAAAAGAUCCGCAAUGGUGCCAAAUUCGAUGACGUUGCGAGAGAAUAUUCAGAAGACAAGGCCAGACACGGCGGUUUGGUGGGAUGGAAACAAAGGACUGAGUUAGAUCCAGUCUAUGCACAGGUUGCUUUCGAGCUGGAGCCCAGUACGAGUAGCAACCCCAAGUAUGCGGAAGCGAAAACUGAACACGGGUAUCAUAUCAUCAUGGUCGAGGGGAGGGAGUGA